CAGGCAGUCUGCCUAAAGCUCUUAGUUUCAGAAGUCACACCUCACGGCUUUAAAGUGGAGAAGUAUCGGACGCUCGAGAGGGUAGGUUCCUCCAUGUCUCGUUACGGGAGCUAUUCCGCAAUCAACAUUAUCGCAGCAUUUUGCAAGAGAAAUGAAAACAUGGGGGGGAUUGCGCCAUGAAAAUGUUGCUCACCUUUGCGGAUAUAUCGUUGAGGAGGUGGAAGGAAACGUUGUAACUGCAGGCUUUGUCUCGCCUUGGUGUCAAAAUGGAUCCAUCACAACGUACCUGAGACUAAGUCCCCAGGCAGACAGAUUUACAUUGGUUCGGGAUGUGGCAUAUGGACUUCAAUAUCUUCACGAUCACGAACCGCCCAUCGUUCAUGGGGAUAUCAAGCCUGAUAACAUUCUCAUCGGAGAUGACGGGAGAGCAUUGAUAACCGACUUUGGAUUAUCCGAGACCACAGACAGCUUCACAACGGGCCAAAUGAGCACAAACUUUGCCAUUUCAGGGACCGUAAAAUAUAUGGCCCCUGAAUUGGUGGGUUACUAUGAGAGGAAACCAAUCAGGACGCUGGAGUCGGACAUUUGGGCGUAUGGGUGCACAUCCAUCCAGAUCCUCACCGACAAACUGCCGUAUGCAUGUAAAGACAAUCUACAAGUAUUCCACCUCCUUCUGCGAGGUCAACCUCCCUUCCACUGGGAUCUCGACGUCAAACACGAGCAUAUUUUUUCCAGGUGCUGCAGCCAAACACCCUCUGACCGACCAACGAUCAGCCGCAUUGUCGGGGAGCUUGAAUUCCUAGCGCCUUCGAAUAUCGUUGCAAACAAUGCGCGUAUUUGCUCAUGAACGGCUGGCCAGCAGUGGAUGAUUCUGCCUGUGAAACCUCGUCCAUUCUUCAUGCGUCAGUAGCCUAGCCGAGCUUCGCAUUACCAAGUUCGUGCUAGUAGCCUCACUCACGUCCUGCGUUACCGAGUCGGGCCAACAGGCAUGAGACGAUACCUGCAUCCACAAACGUCCCCGAAUCGUCUUCUGCUUGGACAAUACGAGCGCGAUCAGAAUGACCUGGCAAGCCACAAGGGCAAACCCUACAGGCUUGGGCUCGUUCUCGCGCGCGCGAAUCUUUGCGCUGUUACUCGUCUUUAACUCAGCAAUCCGGCAACUU